AUGACGGAUCUGAAUAAAAUGGAAGACGGUGUCAGACACAAGAAUGGCUUUGCUGCUUCUGGUCUGGUGGGUCCUGCUAAUUUGGACAACAGAGAGAAGGCCAGCACCGCCACGUCCAGCAAAUGCCACGAAACCCCCAAGACCAACAUCCUGGACAAUACAAACAUCCUGUCCUACAGCACCGUUUCCUGGAUGUCCCCACUGAUGUGGGCCAUGUUCAAGAACAAGUUGGACGUCAGCUCUCUUUGCCUGUCUCCCCAGGACGGAGCCGAUGCCACUGGAAAAAGACUGCAGACACUCUGGGAGGAGGAGGUGGAGAGAGUGGGACUGGAGAAGGCCUCUUUGAUUCGCGUGCUGCUUCGCUUUCAAGGAGCCAAUUUUCUGCUGGUCAUUUGUGCUGCUGUCAUCUUCACGCUGGCUUUCUUUGCAGGGCCGGCUGUGCUGGUCCAUGAGAUCCUGACCUACGUCGGUGACCCCGAGGUGUCCACGGUCACCCAUGGUGUUGGCCUAUGUUUCGCUAUGUAUUUCACAGACUCCUGCUGUGCUUUCUUCAUCUCCUUGAUGUGGGCUGUGAACCUGCACACAGCAGUCAGGCUGAAGGGUGCCUUCUCACUACUGGGCUUCCAGAAGAUCAUUUCUCUCAGGGUGCACAGCGGGCUGUCCAUGGGAGAGAUGAUUAAUGUCUUGACCAGUGACGGUCACAGCAUAUUUGAGGCAGUGGUGCUCAACAUCUACCUGGUGUGCAUCCCCAUAAUGGUGUGUCUGUGCACCUUCUAUGCCUGCUUCAUUCUAGGCUACACUGCUCUGACUGGAGUCCUCAUCUUCCUCAUCUUCCUCCCCAUACAGUAUGUUACGGCCAAGAUCAUUGGCUUGUUCAGGUCAAAAGCCAUGAUGAUAACAGACAGCCGAAUCCGCACCAUGAACGAGAUCCUCACCUGCAUCAAACUGAUAAAGAUGUACGCCUGGGAGGACGCCUUUGAGCAGAAGAUUGCAGAAAUAAGGAAGAAAGAGAGGAACUUCUUGGAGAAGGUUGGCUACACCCAGAACAUAAACUCCACCAUCACUAUAAUCAUCCCCACCAUCGCUGCCAUCCUCACCUUUGUGGUACACACCUUGUUGGGCUUACGGCUCAACAGCUCCACUGCCUUUACCAUCGUGGCCAUCUUGAACACCAUGCGGUCUUUGCUGGCCGUGCUUCCUAUGAGUAUCAAGGCUGUGACGGAGGCUGCCAUAUCAGCGGCUCGACUCAAGAAAAUACUGCAGGUCCAGAAUCCACAGCCUUACCUAAUCCAGGAGACCAACAGCACAUCAGCCAUCGUGAUGGUCAACGCUACUCUGUCUUGGACCAAACCAGCCGGCCAGCCAGCACAAACCGCCGGCACAGCCAACGGGCCGAGCAGGGAGAAGGUGGACCUGGUGUCCCAGACUGAAACUGUGCCAACCCUGAGAAACAUCUCCCUCACUUUGCCUAAGGGCAACCUGCUUGGCAUCUGUGGGAAUGUGGGCAGUGGAAAAACGUCACUGAUUUCCAGCAUUUUAGAACAGAUGCACCUUCUCCAGGGUUCCAUCACAGUCGAUGGGACGUUUGCCUAUGUUUCCCAGCAGGCCUGGAUGUUCCACGGAACCGUCCAAGAAAAUAUCCUGAUGGGGGAUUUCUUUGAUCAAGACAAGUAUGACAGAGUUAUCAGUGCCUGCAGCCUCAGACCUGACCUGGACAUCUUCCCUUAUGGUGAUCAGACAGAGAUCGGAGAGCAGGGGCUGAAUCUGUCCGGUGGGCAGAAGCAGAGGAUCAGCCUCGCCAGAGCGGUCUACUCCGACAAGGACAUAUACCUGCUGGACGACCCGCUGUCGGCUGUUGACGUCCAUGUGGGAAAACACAUCUUCGAGCAGUGUAUCAAGAAGGAGCUCCAAGGAAAAUCCAUCAUACUGGUUACGCACCAGCUUCAGUACCUGGAAUUCUGCGAUGAUGUUCUGGUUCUGGAGGAUGGGGAAGUCCAGGAGACUGGAAACCACCAGGACCUGCUGAAGGCCAACGGGCGCUACGCUCAGCUCAUCACCAGCUUCCUGACAGAGCAGUCCAACACUAAGAAAGGUGUCUGUGAGGGGAGGGAGGAGGUGCCACUGCAAAGCCCCGCCCAGUUUGAGGAGGCGGAGCCAAGAGAGCAUGCUGUCAGAGGGGUCGUGAACCCUGGGUUUGACAUGUCGGAUGAGAAGGAUGACGGAACAAUGUCAGACAACAAAUCUCUUGCCGGGGUUGAAGCUCAGCUGGUCAGUCAGGAGACGUCCAGAGAAGGUGCAGUCGCCUUGAGAACCUACAACCAGUACUGCCAGGCUGCUGGAGGCUACACCAUCGUCUUCAUCACCCUCCUCAUCUACACCGUGCUGCUGGGAACAACCACCUUCAGCAGCUGGUGGCUCAGUUACUGGCUUGAGCAGGGCCACGGGACGGGAAAUGUGUCGGCUGCAGACGAGGGCAACGUCUCGAUGAACCCAGACCUGCGCUUCUACCAGAUGGUUUACGGCCUGACGCUGGUUGCCAUGGUGAUGCUUGGCAUCAUGAAAAGCUGCUCCAUCACGAAGGUCACCCUGUCAGCCUCAUCCAGUCUCCACAACGCCAUAUUCAAAAAGAUCAUAGCGUGUCCCAUGAGUUUCUUUGACACUACGCCGACAGGCCGCAUCCUCAACCGCUUCUCCAAAGACCAGGACGAGGUGGACUCCUUGCUUCCUUACAACCUGGACAGUUUUCUCCAGUUCUGUCUGAUUUACAUCUUCUCCGUAGGCACCAUCGCGGGCAUCAUCCCCUUCCUGCUGGUCGCCAUCGUUGUUCUGGGAACCUUGUUCGCUCUCUUUCUCUUUGUGUUUCAAAGGGGCAUCCGUCAGAUGAAGAGGUUGGAGAACAUCAGUCGGUCUCCGCUGAUCUCCCUCACCACCUGCACCCUACAGGGCCUCAGCACCAUCCAUGCCUACAACAAGAGUGACCAAUACUUAAAACUGUUCAAAUCCUGGUGUGACGACAACUCCAAAAACUACUUCCUGUUUUACUGUGGGGCUCGCAGGCUCUCCUUCUGUCUGCAGAUGCUGUCUGCAGUCUUCACCCUGUCGGUGUCGCUGUCUAUAGUGCUCAUCCCCAAUGACGUCAUCAGUCCAGCCAUGAAAGGCCUGGCCAUGUCCUUCACCACACAGCUGCUAGUUGCCCUCCAGCUCAUUGUGAAGAGCUCAACGGAGGUGGAUGCGAGGUUCAACUCGGUGGAGCGGCUGCUGGAGUACAACACGGACUGUGAAUCUGAGGCCCCCAGGGAAUUGAAGAGGGGCCAGGUCCCAGAUGACUGGCCCCAGGAGGGAGCAAUCACCUUCCAGGACUAUAAGAUGAGGUACAGGAAAAAUACGCCGAUUGUCCUCAAUGGGCUCCAGCUGCACAUCAAAGCCGGGGAGAAGCUUGGCAUCGUGGGAAGGACCGGCUCUGGAAAGUCUUCUCUGGGCGUGGCGCUGUUCAGGCUGGUGGAGCCAGCCGCAGGGACCAUCGUCAUAGAUGAGGUGGACAUCACGACCAUCAGCCUGCAGGACCUGCGCAGUAAACUGUCCAUCAUCCCCCAAGACCCCAUGCUGUUCAUUGGCACCAUCAGGUACAAUCUGGACCCCUUCAACAACUACAGUGACGAGGAGAUCUGGGCGUCGCUGGAGAAGACCUACAUGAAGCACACGAUCUCCAGGCUGGAGGGGAAGCUGCAGGCCGAGGUGCUGGAGAACGGAGAGAACUUCUCAGUGGGAGAGAGGCAGCUGAUAUGUAUGGCUCGAGCGCUGCUGCGCAACUCCAAGAUCAUUGUGUUGGACGAGGCGACGGCGUCCAUCGAUGCAGAGACCGACGCUCUGAUCCAGAACACCAUCAAGGAGGCCUUCCAGCACUGCACCAUGCUGACCAUCGCCCACCGCAUCCACACGGUGCUGCAGGCGGACCGCAUCCUGGUCAUGAGACACGGACAGGUGGCCGAGUUCGACCAUCCAGACGUGCUGAAGCAAAGGCCGGACUCCGUCUUCAGCUCACUCCUGGCCGCCGUCAACACCAUCAACACCUGAGCCCAAGAGGCGCGGUGACAUCGCAUCAUGACACACACUCACCUUUCAAGCUAAUUAUCUGUCUGUCUGUAUGUUAAUACAUGAAUACACAGGGAACGCU